CUCCCCCCGGCCACCCACCACACACACAUAACUCACUCACGAUGCUCCUAUGCUUCAUCUCUUUGAUCAUCCCAACUGCCCACCGCCUCUCAAUUGUUAUUAAGAAUCGAAGAAUAUCAUAUUUUCAGAUUCACAAUUAAAUACUAAAUUCUUUGAUCGAACCGCUUGAAUUUCCACCGGAAAUAAUAAUGGCAGAGAGUUCGAAAUUCCAAACACAGAUAGAAAUCAAGCAACAAAUGGCGGCGGCGAGAUUCUCGACUGAGCUGACGGCGGAGGAACUACUGAAAGAAGAGAGAGUUCCAUUCCCCUUCUUUAAGCCGUUGUCUCAGAAGGGAGCCAACACGUGGAUCAUUUCUCUCUUUGUGAUCCUUCACUUGGGCGCUUUCAUUGCUACGAUGAUCGUUAAUGACUGCUGGGAGAAUUCACAUGGCGAUUGUGCCCUUAAACCUCUUCGUCGUUUCUCUUUUCAGCCCCUCUCCGAGAAUCCACUGCUCGGCCCAUCAGCUUCUGCGUUGGAUGAAAUUGGAGCGCUUAGGAAGACUUUGUUGACUAAUAAUCAUCAACUCUGGCGUAUCUUCUCAAGCCCAUGGUUGCAUGCAGGGCUUUUCCAUCUGAUCAUCAACUUGUCAUCUGUAAUCUUCGUGGGGAUUCACUUGGAGCAAGAAUUUGGACCACUAAGAAUUGGAGUUAUAUACAUACUCUCAGCGAUUACUGGUAGUCUAGUUGCUGCACUUUUCAUUCAGGAUCGUCCAUCAGUUUCUUCCUCUGGUGCAUUGGUUGGAUUGCUUGGUACACUGCUCUCUAGCGUCAUCAGGAAUUGGAAACUUUAUACCAAUAAGUUUGCAGGGCUAGUGGCUACUAUGACAAUCCUGAUGACAACUCUUGUCCUUGGACUGAUACCUUACAUCAAUAAUUUUGCUAAUAUUGGAGGAUUCAUGUCAGGAUUCCUUCUAGGGUUUGUGCUCUUGUUCAGACCUCAACAAGAGAAACUAGCUUGUAAUAAGGGAGGUAUAUUUGAGUUUGAUGCCAAGCACAUUGUCAAGCGUAGGAAAACUUUGGACAAGCCUGUUCAGAGGGGUGUUGUCCUUGUUAUCUUUGCUCUUCUGCUUGCUGGAAUUAUAAUAGCAGUUCUGCAUAGAGUUGAUGCAAACAAGUACUGUAGCUGGUGUCACUACCUUGAUUGCGUUCCAUCCAAAUGGUGGAGCUGCACUGACAAGGCAUUUCAUUGUGAGAAGAUGGUCAACUCGGAACAUCUGACCUUGAGUUGUCCAAAUACUGGUAGAUUCAGAGUUUUUCCCUUCACUGACAUUUCAGAGGCAAGGUUUCAGGAUGUAUGCAAUUUGAUAUGUUCCUAGCAGGUAAUGGUUGAUUUGUUUGCCUACAUAGCAGAUCAGCAUCUGGUAUAUACUGUGCUUCAGAGUCCUUAAUCAAGUUCUCGUACAUAACAUUCGCAUCAAACAUGUUGCUGUGAUGGUUUUAGCUGUUGAAAUGUGGGUAUAACCUUGUUCCUCUGGCUUUUAAAGCUACGUCUGUGUCUUUCCUUUUAUGAUUUGCAUGGAUCCAAUCAUCCAAAUUUACAGUUUCAACUAGGUAAACGUUCUCUGUUCUGUUCCUUUGACAGAUUUAAGUCUAAGUUCACGUCAAGCAAUCAUGGUGCCGAUAAUAAGUAGUCAAUCUUCCUUUGACAUGUGUACUGGGAAACCUGAGAAUGUUCAUUUUGUUACAACGUCUAUGCUACAAUACAAGUCCUUAGAUCUUAAUGAUCUUUAAUAUAAGGGACUCUUAAGUCUCCAAAAAGGAUUUAAUUAGAAAAAGUUGACACGACCUAAUCCAAAUUCUAAAUAGCUUCUUUCGCAUUUCUCCUUCCUCUUUUCCUUCGUUCCUCUUGACUCUUCCUUCCACUUAAAAGGGUUUGUCUUGAAAGGGCAGUAAGGAAGAGAAUACAACAACUACUACGCAUCAAUUGCAGACAAGUUAGUAUAAUGGUAUGUAUCUUCACUUCUCCAUUUAAGCUCAGAUCAUGUUAGCAACAUAUCAAAUAAACUAAUAAUCGGAAAAGGGUUAAAAAUGCCCCUAAACUAUUGGAGAACCCUUCAUCCAUCUAUUGGGCUAAAAAUACCCCUUCAUCUACCUUUUUGAUUCGCUAAUGCUCUUUGACCGUUAGGUCAAUGGUGAAUUAAAAAUAAUAAUCAUUUAGAUCCACGUGGCAACUUCUUAUUGGUCGAAUUAAAACAUCUAAGCUAUUAGAAAGACCCACCUAUAUCUACCCGUUUUUCGAACUAACCCGCCCCAAACACUAACCCGACCCGAAUAAAAAGUUCACCUAUAAAAAAAAUAUUAUUACUUUAGCUAAAAUUCUUAAUAUGUUAUCAACACGAUGUCUAACCAAUUGAGUUACAUAUGUCUAUAAAUUUUUACUGUAUCAGUCAAGGUUUGUUCAAGCCUUUCACAAAGUCAAUGCUAACACCGAACAACUCAACUUUUAUGUCCACUCGACAGCGUUCUGGUUUGUUUUCAAACUCUUGCUACUCAUAUGUUAUUAUG